GUCUGUUUCUUUCCCCACAUUUUCUCUCUCUCUCUCUGAACUCUGAAGGGAUUUCGUUUUCUUUACUUCAAAAUUAAGAGCAGAGUUUCUCUCUUCGGUGGUUCACUGCCGCUGUUCUCUUAUUGCUGUUUGGAUCUUCCGUUUGUGUUUCUGUGAGAUUUUUCGGGAUGUUGUUCUCUAGUGCUCUGUGUUUAUUGUUCGCGUUUUGUUUGGUUGGUGAGAAAGGUUGAUUUGGUUGGAAAUUUGUGUCUCGGUUUUCAAGUGAUGGAGGAUCUGAGAUUCCUGUAUUUUCUGAGCGGCCAAAUUAUGGCGUUUGAAUCUCUUUUGGCUAUUUAAGAAUCCUAAUUGUUUCCACCUUAGCAACACAUGAGAAAUUGUUGAAACUUUUUUUUUUUUUGGUUUUUUAAUUUAUUUUACUUUUUUUGGAAGUGUUGAGCCUAGAAAAGUGCAUCUUAAAUGCUUUAAUUUAUUGGAAUUGAUUCAGCAAAAGAGGAAAAUAGUAAUUGCUGCUCCAAAGAGUUUUUUAGGGGGAUUGGAUGGUUUAAUACUUUUUGCAUUGCCAUCAUGUGCAUCUCAUCUCAAGAUUGACAGUGUUGAUAACCAUGAUGAUGGUGAUGAUGCUUGUGCCGAUGGUGGAGAUAAGAUUUGUCAAUUUUUUAAACUGAGGUUUUCAAGGAUCAUCUGCUUGUAUUGGAAAUAAUACAUGCACUUUUUAAUGCAUUUGAAGCAGAUGGGGUGAAAGGUUUGAUUGGUAGUUGGAGAGCAGACCGAUAUGGCUAUAGCUGGUCUACACAACGUUCCUGUGCUUGAUAAUUCUUUCCUUAGGGACUCUCAAGCAUCGAGACGUCAAGAGAAUGGAGGGAGGGCAAGCACCCGGGCAUCCACACUCCUCCAGAUGUGGAGGGAACUUGAGGAUGAACAUGUGGUGAGUCAUGUGCAGGGGAGAGCUAGCGAAAGAAUGCUCCAGCAGAGGAGUGAUGAACUCUCAGCAACUGCUGCUCCUGAUAGUCAAAUUAGUGAACGUAGUGCUGUCUUGGAGGAUGUGAGUGUCACUGAGAAUGAGUGUGGCCAGUGGUCCCUGAACCAUCCAAGCAGUUUUCACUGUGAGCAGUCUUCUGGUUUGGGGGAAGAUGAAAGGGAGAGGGUGAGGCAAAUUUUUGGGAAGUGGAUGAACAGUAGCUGUAGGGAACGUAUAUCAAAUGUUUCCCGUUUGAGCAACAGUUCCAGGGGAGAAUGGCUUGGUGAAACUGAGCAGGAGAGGGUCAGAACUGUAAGGGAGUGGGUACAAACGAAUACACAACAGAGAGUUGUUUCUAGGGACACUAGAGAAGAGCAAACCAAUGAUGCUGGUGGUCAAAUUGAUCAAAUUCUUGAUGGAUUGGUUGCUAACCAGAAUGAAGGCCAAACUGAGCAUGCCCGCCGGGGCAUUCGUAAACUAUGUGGCCGACAGGCCUUGCUUGAUAUGGUUAAAAAAGCUGAGAGAGAAAGAAAAAUAGAGCUUCAGGGGUUAUUGGAGCAUCGAGUUGUAUCUAAUUUUUCCCAUCGAAACCGCAUUCAGUCAUUACUGAGAGGGAGAUUCUUGAGAAAUAACAGAAUUGUGGCAGAUGAAAGAUCUACUUCCAUUGCUGCUAGUGAAUUGGGUUUGUUGAGGCAAAGACAGACUGUAUCUGGUCUGAGGGAAGGGUUUAUCUCCAGAUUGGAUAACUCUGUUUGCAGCCCGCAAAGCUGUAACCAUUCUGAUGCAUUACCUGAUGUUGGCAUUAGUAGUGACAGAAAUGAACAAAACCAAGCAGACAACUCACAUGAAGUCAUAGAUGGAUUAAAUGGUCAAUCUGAACAUAACAAUGAGGAAACUGAUAGUCAAAGGUUAUCAGGAGAGAGAAUUGAUUUAGAAGGUAAUGCUGUUCAUGAUUUGAGCUCACAAGAAGCUACUGCUUGUGUGGAACACUGGCCGGAACAAGUUUCUGAAAAUGUGGUUAGAGAAUGGCAAGGUUCCAUCAGUGUUGAAUCUAGUGAAAGCAGAGAAGUCGUUGGACAACGUGUGACAGGGGAGUGGCAAGACAAUUGUGUUAAUGAGUUGUCUCAAGAAAGAUUGCAGACUGAAGCUGAUGAACAUGGUCACUUGCAAGAAACAAGUGAGGCAUCUAAUGGUCAAUCUGGCCAAAGUGAAGAGGGAAGUGGAGUCCAUGAGUUAAGAGAUCAAUCUGAAAAUCUGGAAAGCAACUUGGUAGCAAAUGCAAAUGAUCAAGAAUCUACUUCUCUAGAAGAACGCUGGAGGGAGGAGAAUUUGGAAAAUGAGGAAAGACAUUGGGAGAGGGCCAGUGAUGAGUUUCAUGAAUUGGCGGAUGGUAAUCUAGAAGACAUUGUUGAGAAUCAACAAGAAACUUCUGCUAAUCAAGAAUUCUUUGAGAGUGAAGGUGGAGAGCAUGAUCUGCAAGAAGGCCCUGAUGUGCAAGUUGAGGAUGGUGGGUUGGAAGAGACUGCUCAGAUUACGUUUGAAGGGUCUUCUGAUCAGCAACCUGUUACCUUUGGAAGGGCUGAGACAUAUUAUUUUCCUGAUGAUGAUAAUGUGUAUGGUAUGGAACUCAGAGAUCUCUUAAGCAGGAGAAGUGUGUCAACACUUCUUCAUAGUGGUUUCCGUGAGAGUCUUGACCAGUUGCUACAAUCAUAUGUGGAGAGGCAAAAUCAUGCUGCAGUUGACUGGGAGUUGGAUGAAAUGUCUUCUAUUCCUACACGAUCAGAGCACGAUCUAGAGCAGCAGGGUGAGGAUCAGAAUGAGGGUCAGGGUGAUGCUGCUGAGAAUCAACCACUUGAAAUACCUUCUUCUCAAAUGAUGCCUGCUCAGCCACUCUGGGAUCACGAUUCACACCAUUAUAACUGGACAUCACAUGACAUGCAACAGCACUUUGGGAUGGAGUGGGAGAUCAUUAAUGAUUUGAGGAUUGACAUGGCCAGGCUGCAACAGAGGAUGAAUAACAUGCAGAGGAUGCUGGAGGCUUGUAUGGACAUGCAACUUGAGCUGCUGCGCUCUGUAAGACAGGAAGUUUCUGCUGCACUUAACCGGACAGCUGAUUCACAAGGGGAAUCUAUUGAUAGCUUGCCUAGGGAUGAAACUAAUUGGGAUCAUGUGAGAAAGGGAAUAUGUUGUAUGUGCUGUGAUGACGCUAUUGAUUCUUUACUAUACAGAUGUGGGCACAUGUGCACAUGUUCCAGAUGUGCAAAUGAGUUGGUCCAAAGUGGAGGGAAGUGUCCUAUGUGCCGUGCACCAGUAGUUGAAGUCGUCCGCGCUUACUCCAUCCUUUAAUGUCAGGAGACUUUUCAAACUAAAGAUAUAGAAAAUUUGGAUUAACAAAUAACAGCAUCUUCCUUAGAUUUUUUUUUUUUCCUGGACCCUCAAGGUGCCUAAUUUUUCUUUAUUUUCCUUCUUUUUAUUUCACUUUGAAUUUAACAUACAAUAUAUAGAUUGAAUGUGUAUGAUUGAAAAAGAAACUGCCAUUGCUCUAAUUUAUAAUAAAUUCUUGAAUGAGAU